AAAAUAUUCCUCACUACCAUAGUCUCCUCAACACUACUAUUCCCAAAAACCAAUCUCUCUCACUCUCUUUUUUCUCUCGUAGUUCCAAAAUGGUCACUCCAAAACACUUCUUCUUCGCAACGCUCUUGAUUCUUGCCUCCAUCCAUGUCGAAGCAAGAGAGGUCAGGGAGCGCGAAUCCUUCAGCAAGUUCACCAACGCCAACGACAAUGACGACACGGAGAAGGCACGAGUCGUCCCCCACACCACGGAAGAGGCUCUCCCCACCGCCCAAGAAGAGGCCUUGAAGAAGCAGGAGGACCAGGAGCAAGAGCCGGCCUUCCUCCCGCAGACCCAGAAUGGAUAUGGCCUCUACGGUCAUGAGGAGAUGUUCGAGGACACUCCCGCCACCACCACCGCCACCACCCGUGACCGCCCGUCCAGGACGGCGAUGCCGGACGACUCAUUCUACAGCUACCCGAAUGGCGAUUCCGAGAGCAGCAACAACUAUUACAACGAUAGGAGGAGCGACAACUACUUCGACAAGGAUGCUUACGUCACAGGCCAGAGGGAGCAAGCCCGCGACACUUACUUGCCGGAGGAGCAGAACUUUGACGGCAACGCUCGGCUUCAAGAUAGUAGCUACACCACCGCCACCGGCUCCCGUGCCACCACGAAUGACCGCAACAACUACUAUACAGGCGGCAAUAGGUAUGGCGCCGGGAAGCAGGAAGGGAUGAGUGACACGAGGUUCAUGGAGAACGGGAAGUACUUCUACGACGUGGACAACGAGGAGAAAUACUACCAAAACAGGUACAAGAAUUCGAGGCCCGGGUACUCGACUCAAGGUUACUACGGCAACGGCGACCGCACCAACAACGUCAACCUCUACGAGCAGCAGUUCGACAAAGUCGACCGCGACUCCAUGGGACGAUUCCAGGACCAGGAGGAGUUCCAGGAGAGCCAGGACGAUGAGUUUGUGCCCUGAGCGAGAGAGGGAGAGAGUCUGAUGAAGCUGAUGGAUCCUAAGAGGAUCAAAUUGAAUGGGGUUUUAAUUAUUCAUGAUAUGUUUUGGAUUAUGGCGUUUUGUGGUGGAAAAGAGAAACGUAAAAUGUUAAACUAUACAUUUUUAGCUUUUUUUAACUUUAAUUUGUGACCUUGUUUUGCAGUAUUCCCUGGGACUGCGUGUUUGGAAAAAGUUGG